CAUUUGACUUCGAAGAACAACAGGCGGGCGGCGCAGGAAGCUCUGUAAUCCUACGGUCGCAUCGAAAAUAUGCAGGAAGUGCCAAUCGGAAAACUGAAAACGCCAAAACUGCAGCCUGUCUGAACUUGUUUUGCAUAGCGCGAAAAAAUCGAAUGCGUAGUUGUUGUUGCUGGGUAGUAAACAAAAAAAGAUAAAAGUACGCCGGAGUCUGUUCAAUAGCAAUUGAAUUUGAUUGAUUUUUGCGUCGUCGGCGGCGGAAUUAGUAUUAUUGUAUCAUUUGUUGGUCUGUGUGAAUUGCAUUGGAAGCAACAACAAAAGAAAUAGUUGCAAUCAUAUACAAAAAAAAAACACUGAUAAACACGCUUCGUGGGAAAAAAUCAACAAAGGCGAAACUGCAUUUUGCGCGUUGCAUCGAUUUUAGCACCAGAAACAAUUUAAUGAAAAAGACUGAACCACCACGCCCACACACCACUGUACUACGAGGUACUACUGUACUUGUAAGCUUAUAAGGAAAUCAAAAGCCACCACCGCUCAACACACCAGGAAGUGUCCAGUUUAUCAAAAUGUCAUCCCGUUCCAAGGAGAGAGUCGUCACUGCAUUCCGCAAGAUCUUCCACCACAAGUCCACCAAUAACAACAACAACAACAACCAUAAUAAUAAUAAUAAUAAUAACAACAACAAUGACAAGGUUGAUGGAGCCACUGGUAGUAGUAAUCCGAAUAUAACCAACAAUAACCAUGAAGGAGGAGCAGCCUCUAGUUCUUCGAUGGGUGCGGGAGCCAUGGGUGGUGCAGCAUCCUCAUCCAAGAACGCAGUAGUCCGGAUGGCAACACCCGCCGAUCAGCCCGUUUGGGACUCACCAGGCAAGCGGCGACGACAAGAUCACAAAGUGGCGCCCACGGUGGGACGACAGUUGAUGGCGGCGCCGGAUCAGUCCAUUAGAUCCCGCCGCCUCAUGAAGGAGUACCGCGAAAUGGAGCGACUGCAGACCAAGAAUGAUGCAGUUUUCACAGUGGAACUCGUGAACGACAGUCUUUUUGAGUGGCAUGUGCGAUUGCAUGUCAUCGAUCCGGACUCCCCGCUGGCCAGGGACAUGCAGGAGCUGGGCGUACCUGCCAUUCUGCUGCACUUGAGCUUCCCCGAUAACUUUCCGUUUGCUCCGCCGUUUAUGCGGGUGGUGGAGCCGCGCAUCGAGAAGGGCUACGUGAUGGAGGGUGGUGCCAUCUGUAUGGAGUUGCUCACGCCCAGGGGAUGGGCCAGCGCCUACACUGUCGAGGCUGUUAUCAUGCAGUUUGCCGCCAGCGUUGUCAAAGGUCAAGGUCGAAUAAUGCGCAAACCAAAGAGUACAAAGGAGUUUAGUCGGCGCACAGCAGAGGAGUCAUUCCGAUCUCUGGUGAAGACGCACGAAAAGUACGGAUGGGUUACCCCAGCCCUGGCCGAUGGUUAGGAUCGAAUCGGUCCUGGAAGAAGACCAGCGCUCAUAAGCUCUGCAUUUGCCAAGCAACUCUUCAUGCAAUUUGAUACUCCACAGCAGCCACCCAUUUAGAAUCGCUCACAGUAAUGUAAUCGCUAUACAGACCAUCGUUUCACCAUUUUUUUUAGUGUCAAGUAACGAACGAUUUCAAUUGAAAACCAUCCAGAAAGUAACAGAAGAAGAAAGUCUUUGGAAAGUAAAAUGAAUUAAAAUAUAAACGAGGCGGAUACAAAAAAAAAUUAAGAAACAAACCGCGUCAAGCAACAAAUUAGCUUAAAAUGUAACUUUAGAUUGUAGUCAUGAGUAAAAAAAAACAACAUUUUCGCCGAUUUAAUUAAUGUAUAUGUAUAUUUAUAUCCUAAGUAUUAUUAGUUGUGCUAAAUGAGAGAAAAACUAAUCUAUUACGACGAUAAGUAAACAUGAAGAACAGAGUUUAAUAAGCUAAUAUUUAGUUACUAUGAUUUAUGAGUUCAAUUAGCCAGUUAUCUUGGUUCCAACUGUGUUACUAUAAUUUCUUGUGAUUUUUAUUAACGAUAAACACAUACCAAAAACGAUGGAAAAACCAAAAGAUUAAUACAAAAGUUUGUAAACGAGUAUGAUAGAACCUCAUACAUUCAAGUUUCUUAUAAUUUAUUCAUAAUUAAUAAAUGUAACAGUGUCUAUCAAUGCA